AUGGCGGACCAGCCCAAAUUCAACCACUUGGAAGCGAGGGAGCUAAACCUCGGAGCCAGCCUCACCGACAGCGAUCCGUCGUCACAGUACCACACUGUGAAGUAUGAUUUUAGACCGGCGUCUGUGGACGAGCACAAAGUGGCUACAAUGGAUGUAGCUACCAAGAACGAAGUUACCAUCACCGUGCCUCAUUUAGACGGUGCAGGCGUGCCGGAAACGAUAUGCAAAGACAGCCACAGGCCUUACACCAAGGAGUGCGUGCUCAUCAUAGACCACGCCAUUGGAGAGAUGACGCUCGAGAAACUUUCUAGCAACAUACAGCUCAAGAAAACGAGAGAUAAGAAAAGCAAUUUGCAACCGGGGCCUAUUUUGCCAGUGCUUGCUUCCACCACCAGUACGACGCGACGCUUCUCGCGCACUCGCGUCCCUAGAGGCAACCGCUCUAAUCGGAACCCAAGUAUCAGGUGCACCAAACCUCAAUGUGUACCUGAGAGUAUAAUAGCGCCUGAAAGUGCGAUUGAUAUUGCUGGGCCCUGCAACCUUAUGUACUCGAUGCCGAGGCUGUGGAUCUCGCAACCGCCGACUGUGACUUGGCAUCAUCCAAGUCCAUGGACAGGUGGUGACGACAGAGAUGCACCUUUGCUAUUGCUUGGGUCGGAUAUUGCGCAGGCGCCAGCGUUCAUGCCAUCUUCCCCACAACUUGAGAUGACGCAUCAACAGGCAUCACCGCUACCACCUUCGCCGAUGAACGUACUCCAAGCGCUGGUGGACGAUAACACCUCGACACUGUCGACGUUCAGCAACUCUGGCGAUGUCAGCGUAGGAAAUGAUAGUGACAUAUCUUCCCCCUAUAGCGAGCUAGAUGAUUCUGGCUGA